AUGAAAUUCUCUAUCAUAUAGUAACAAAUAAAAGAGAAUUCUAUCUAUGCUGAUAACCUAGACAACAUAGCUGUAUCAUUAUAAAUUCUUUAGAUCUUACCAUUCAAUCAGAGUAUUAAAACAAUUUCAAACUUCCCAAUUGGCGAGAUCAGUAAAUCUAUAAACAACAUGUUAAUUUUAUCAAACUUAAUAAAAAGAAUCUCGAUAAACAAGAUAUUAUUGAUUUAUCUGUUCAAAAUCAAAUUCUAUGUUCAAGAACGGCAUUUUUAAGUGAACUUUAUGAUUUAGAAGAUUAAUUCAAUAAUAAAUAUAACCAGUCAAUUCAUAGUAAAUCUAGCAAGACUGUUUUGAUAUUGAUUUAUUGAGCUCACAGAAUCAUUAAAUGAACUCAUGUGUUAAUUUGAGAUCAAAAGAUAUGAUUGUAUGCUGUACAAGAAUUAAUUUAAAAAGUUAAAAAUAAGCAGAUUGUUGUGCAGAAAGAGGGUCUUAACAUCUAUGCCUAAUCCAACCUAUUUUCUUCCUAUCCUCAAUAAUAAUAAUAAUAACAAUAUACUCAAAAUACUCAACCAUUUUUAUAAAAGUAGACUCAAAACAAUAUAAAUAAGUCAGGAUACAUCAGACAAUGAUUAGCUUACUUAUGAUUAAAUUUUCUUAAGCAUACAGUAGUUUUAGAAUCAAUAAAGAUAUGCAAUUAAUACUCAAUUAUAAAAAUUUACAAAAUCAUUAAAAUCUAAAAGAUGAUGUUUGGUAUACUUUCCUAGUGUUAUUAUACUUAGAAAAUUAGUUUAGCCAAAGUAAAAUAUCAUGGUAGUUGGUUUAUUAAAAAGGUAUAUCAUAUCUAAAACAGAAUGGGAUAGAUUACAAAUAAAAGAAGAUUGAGUAAAUAAUAUUAUGA